UGCAGCCCCUAUGAACCGAGCUCGUAUACAUGGAGCUUGGUCCACUUUAUAAAUUAUGAAUUGGUCUGUGUGUACAAGGAAGGGUUUACACGUGUACAGAACCCUCCAGAGCACACACAAUAGGUGGCCCCAUGUGGGACCCACCUCAUAUUAAAAAAAAAAUCCCUAUCGUGGGUAUUUUGGAGGGGUUCUGUAAACUCCCUGUACACACAAACCAACUCGUAAAUUAUACUAUGAAUCCUAUAUAAUAUCAGGUAUUCAUCUUUGUUGAAGUAAAGAAUGAAAACAUGUUGCCCUAUCAAAUACAAUAAGCUUUUAGAUUUAAAUUGUGUGUGUUAGGUUUUCAUAGGCUAAAAAUGAAUCCAGCCCACAGUGACGUGACGGAUUUAAGUUGAGAUCUAAAUGAAAAAAUAUUGCUCUAUUUAAUAGUUUAAACUUUUACACGAGAUUGAUUAGUUAGCAGUUUUCCUUUUACUAGUUUACAUCCAAUAAAGUAAAAAAGAAAAUAAUCUUGACCGAAAAAGAAGGUUCAAUGAAUUUAUGGGCUUCCUUGUCUUGACAGGAAUCAUCAUCUCUGAAGAACAUGCCAGUAGUCAUUAUGUCAUCCGAGAAUGUUCCUUCAAGAAUCAGCAGAUGCUUGGAGGAAGGAGCAGAAGAAUUUUUCCUCAAACCAGUGAGAUUAUCAGAUGUGAAUAAGCUUAGGCCCCAUCUGAUGAGAACCAAAUGCUGCAAAAAUAUUCAAAAUCAAGAAAACCAAGAAAAUAAAGAAUCUCCAGAAAUUCAAUUACACACAGCAGCACAAUCCAAUAAUAGUAAUAAGCGGAAGGCUAUUGAUGAAGGGAUUUCUCCUGACAGAACAAGGCCUAGAUACAGUGACCUUACUUUGGUUUCCAAUUAAUCAAUGCGGAAAACUGGAUUGUAUAUUUGCUCAAACCAUGUUCGAGCGAGAUUCUUCCCCUAAUAAACGGAGAUCACUCUAUUUAAAUGUCAAUUAGCAGAUCAAGGCAAGGCCUUGUAAGUCAGCAAGAAAGAGGCGUCGACAAAGAGAGACUGGAUCACCAGCUGAGGCUCCUAAACUGAUCCAAGCAAAUUAAUAGUAAUUUUUUCAUGUUUUGUUUUCUUUCUUUCUUUUUAGUCCAUGUUAAUAUGAGAAUAAGAGAUGUGUAGAGAGUAAAGAGGGGGGAGAAAAUUAUAGAUUCUUAUUGUCAUGUAAAUUGAACAAAAACUGAAAAAUCACAGGGUCAGCUUAGUACCAAUUGAAUUUUAAGUAGUUUUCAAUUUUCUUGA